AAUAAAUUUGAUAUAAAUUGUGGUGCUCAUAUUUUUAGUCCAACACGUCAAACAUGUGAUAAUAUAGAUAAGAAAUAUUUGGAUUUUAUUAAGAGUAUUAACAAUCCAAUAUUACGACACAUUUUUUUUUAUUUUGUACAUUAUUAUAUAGAGGGGCACGAUUAUUAUUAUAAUAGUGGUCCUUCUCACAGAAACGGAGCUUGCCAAUAUCUCAUGCAUUGGUUACAAGAAAAAAAGAUUUAUUCACGUAUGGUGGGACUUGUGCAAUAA